AUGCCUCAGAACGAGUAUAUUGAGCAGCACAUCAAGCAACACGGGCGCAGGCUCGACUACGAAGAAAGAAAGAGAAAGAGAGAGGCCCGUGAGAGCCACAAGGUGGCCCACGAUGCCCAGAACUUGAAGGGCUGGAGAGCCAAGCAGUACAACAAGAAGAGAUACGCUGAAAAGGUCGCCAUGAAGAAGAAGAUCAAGGCUCACCAGGAGCUGAAGGUGAAGGGCCCAUCUACGCCUAAGCAGGACGAAGGAGAGGCGCUUCCUACGUAUUUGUUGGACCGUCUGACUGACAACAGCGCUAAGGCAAUUUCGUCUUCGAUCAAGCAAAAGAGAAUGGAGAAAGCAGACAAGUACUCGGUGCCGCUACCUAAGGUGAAGGGCAUUUCUGAGGAGGAAAUGUUCAAGGUGGUCAAGACAGGGAAGUCGAAGCUGAAGUCGUGGAAGAGAAUGAUCACAAAGCACACUUUUGUCGGUGAGGGUUUCACCCGUCGUCCAGUCAAGAUGGAGAGAAUCAUCAGACCUUCUGCUUUGAGACAGAAGAAGGCCAACGUGACCCAUCCUGAGCUUGGUGUGACGGUGUUCUUGCCCAUUUUGGGCGUCAAGAAGAACCCACAGUCCCCGAUGUACACCCAGUUGGGUGUGUUGACGAAAGGUACCAUCAUCGAAGUCAACGUUUCCGAGUUGGGUUUGGUCACCGCCGGCGGCAAGGUUGUCUGGGGUAAGUACGCUCAGAUCACCAACGAACCCGACAGAGACGGCUGUGUGAACGCUGUGUUGUUGGUGUAA